UAUACCACAAUUUAACCUAUCAUUUACAAGAAGAAUCAUGCUUUCUUAGGCAUCCUUGAUGCAAUAUCAGUGUAGUAUUUUGAGGAAGUGACAACAGCGGAAGACUGUGGUCGGUCUCGGACGUAAGCCAGCAUUGGGCGUCACUGUUCCACUACAUGCAUAUUCUGACACACUUGAUUCCCUGGCGGUUCGUUCAAGUUCAGAAGACAGAGGUUCCUACAAAAUUUAAUUUUCAACCCGAAAAACGUUGACAGGAUUCUCAACAAAAAGAGACAGCGACUCGGAACCUCUUGCCAAAGACUUGUGGGUGACGGAAUUUUUUGUUUGAAAAUGGCAGGAGUUAAUUGGAUAUUUGUGCUGCUCAUGUCGUCUGCUUGGAUUAAUGCCUCGUUUGGAUUGCAAGAAACGAAUCCUACGUCUAACAACACAGUCGCAGGCUGCAGUGAUGCAGAGGUUUAUCUAAAGCACGACUGGAACACUUUCAUUUCCUGUUGCAAGGUGCUGUAUCCAAACCAAACAUGUCACGUAGCCUGUCCUUGUAGGAAUGGUGCCUCCUGCAACCCUAUCAACCGGUCCUGCAUCUGUAAGCCCGGAUGGGUUGGCUCCAAUUGUCAGACGUCGUGCCGGGAGAAAAACAAUAGCACCUACGGUCCCAGCUGUAAACGGGGAUGUCGCUGUGGUCUGGACGCUGCGUGCGAACCGAUAACAGGCGUCUGCGAAUGUAUUAAUCCUGACAACUGUACGGCCCGUUGUCCUAUUAAUCGAUACGGCCCAAAAUGUCGACAGAAGUGUCGAUGCAAGACAGGUGGAUGUGACCACAUCACUGGGGUGUGUACAGUCGCAGAUACUUCACAGCGGAGUUGCGGCUGUUUGAACAGGGGAACUUGCCGAUUGCACGGUAAGCCGUGCCGGUGCCCAGCCGCUUGGACGGGCCAACUAUGUGACGAACCAUGCCCACCAGGAUACUACGGCGACGAUUGCUCCAUUCAGUGUGAGUGCGGAGAGAACGCAACUUGCAGUAGAUCAACGGGGUUAUGCAGGUGUGCGACUGAAGACAGGUAUUCGUGCCUUGGUCGUUGUCCUCAAGGACUGUUCGGUCCGCGAUGUUCGAAUCAGUGCAGCUGUCCAGUUGGUCUGGUAUGCAAUCAUUGGACGGGUGAUUGCGAGUGUGCAGCAGGGGACUGUCAGGACUUGCUGCUGGGAAAUACUACAGACGUAAGUACGGCAACCGUCACAAUACCUCGAACAACACAACUUGAACCGCUAAAAACCAUCACCAUAACAGCCGGCACGACAUUCCCACGACCACCCUCCCCUACCCCACCAUCAUCAGGGACGUUACUUCACCAUACCAUCCAGAAAACAACGGUCAACAUCCCCACCACCGCCAGGUCAAUGACACGAGCAGCCGCCAAGAAACACAGCGUCAAGCCCGCCCCAGCUAGCGGUACCGACGCGGCAACCGAUGGGUCGCCGCAGCGGAGCGAUGACGAGGCUGUCGCCGGGGGAAAUGAGUUCUAUCCUACGGCCCCGUUCUGGGGCGUGGUUGGUGCCAUUGCCGCGCUGUUGUUGGUCGUUGUGGUGCUUCUGCUACUGAUUCUUCGGCGACAGGUGUCAUCACCUCGGUCGGCCCUAACACGACAGCCAAAGAUCUACCGACAGGACAACGUGUAUGAGACAGUGGAUGAACUCAGCAAAGGCGCUCCAACUGAACAAGAAGUUACCAAGACACCUCCUGCGCUACCAGACAUGUUUCAACGAGGAGGCAGCAUCCGAUCUAGCGUGCACAACUACCACCGCAGACCGUUAUCUGUCCAUUCUCCCCUUCCAGCAAUGGACGCCCCGUUGCCAGCCAGCGUGGCGGCCAUGGUCUGCAAUUACGGGAGCGCACCGCCUCUACCGGGUGGCACGUCACGCCGUAGUCUCAUGGCAGAGUGGCGGCCCAACGGAAAACAAGAGUCCGCUGCGGAAAAGGCCAAGAGCCGGCCGCACUCGAAUGUGGUGGACGAGCCGCAGACAGUGGACCGUAGCGGCAAGUCGCUGAGCUGCAUCUACCACGGCGGCGUGACCAUAGAAGAUGAUUAUGCCGACCCCUUUGAUUCAAUAGCACCAACAGGCAACACGGGAAACCGACCGCCUGGCUACCUACCAAUGAUUCUAGGAAAAGAUGAAAGGCGAAGCCAAUCUCCAGUCCAGCAGAACCGGCCAGUCUCACCAGCCGGUCUGCAACGCUGUAGCUCACCCAUGACAGUACAGCGGAGCGACUCGCCAAUGACCGUCCAACGCUGCGAGUCACCAAUGUCUGUCCAACGCGAACGAUGCGAGUCCCCGAUGUCUGUUCAACGAUGCGAGUCACCGAUGUCUGUCCAGCGAAGCUCCUCUCUCAUGAACAUCCCAAGAACUGGGUCCCCCCUGACUGUCAACCACAGCGAACCCAACCUGAAUCUAUACCAGACUGACUCUAACAUGAACAUCCCUUCGAGAAACUCCCCAGUAGCUCUACGUAAGGAAGCUAACGGUAGUUCGUCAACCUCUCUUCAAAGACAGAGUGCUACCCCAAACAUCGACCCAUUUUACUUUACCCUCGAGCAACAAGUAAACCUGGACAGUCCCAAGAUUCCAGAUGACGACUACGAUGAGCUCGAACCACAGUCACUGAUCAACUCCCCGGCUGGUGGGCUACCAAUCAAUAAUCGGUCCACUUCCCGCACGAGCAGCGAGCGUUCUAGGGUUUCAUCGCAGGCUUCGUCCCGUGGGUCUCUCUCGGCCGCUUCGCCCACGCUGGCGUCUCCUUUCGGCUUCAGCCCUAGGGAUGCUGAGAUGUUUGCGGUGCUCGACCGCAGACCGGAGACGACCCGGCCCGAUUUAGCGCAGCGACCGCUGUCGAGCAACGCUUACGAGCCGUGUGGUCCUCCCACGAAGUCAGUGUCACCACCAGACGACGGAGUCUACUCAAGAUUGAGCAGGGCCCCGUCACAAAAGAUAGAACUACCAAAGUGCCCACGUGGGGUAGCGGACCUAGACACGAACCCCUACGGCAGGCUGCAACGCAGCUACUCCGCUAAAAACUUCACCCGUAACCCCGAUACCUACGACGGUCCGUAUGGGAAGUUACCCCAGCGCAGCCGGUCAGCUAUGGUGAAGAGUCAGCAAGUCAGCGGGUCAACAGCAGAGUGCGUAGCGUCAGAAUGGGUCCCUGCCGAACCGCAUCCCCGCCUACCACCUCGCGGUACCAAGCCGCCGAACGUGACUGAACCUCGGAAGAAGUUUCGCUGGAGUCUCAAGGGAAAGUUGAGCAAAAAAUCCUCACCUGAAGAGGUAGACUACGACUGCCCAACAUCAACAGCGACUUUACCCUACCCCGGGGACUGGAAAGGGCUGUGAAUGAAAUGCCAGAUCGCAGAGAUGCAGCAAUGAAUAUUGAACAUGACAGCAUACACUAAAAACUGACCACCGGCCAUUUUGUCUAUUUAUAGAAAGUUAACACUUGAUACCGUAAAUACCAGUAAUGGAUACGCGUAUAAUCAAGACUUAAUUUUGAUUCUCUGAGAGUGUGAAAAGACGUUCUAGGCUAGAACCACCCCGAUGCUUCGUAACACAAUUCAUAUAAAGCCGAAUUUAGUACGUGUACUCACGAACUAGUUGCCUCUAUUUCUUGAGUUACUGGAGAGUGUUUCGACUAGGCUAUUUGUGAGCGUGUGCAUAUCUCAGCUGGCAUAGAACAGCGAGGAUGUUGUAACUGUUCAACUCUUUGUUGUUCAGCAGGUCUUAACAAAGCACCUUCUUCAAAACAUUUCCCACCAGAUUUACACAAUCUGAGCUUUUUGUACUUUAAAUAGAAUUGCUGAUGCACACCCGUGAUGUUACUCCAUGUAACUUUUGCUAUUUUUAUGAGCAUUCCUUUGCUAUUCUGAUUUUGUGCCGUGCGAAUUAUUCAUUCGAAUGAAUACUUUUGUCACAUUUGGAAAUGAUUUUGUAAACAGCUUGAUGUCCCUUUUAUAGCCAUAAUUAUCGAUUAUAGCCAAAGAAAAUACCUCGUCGACGAAAGUGUACAGAUCGAAUAAAAUGUCUUCAUUGAAUGAUUGAAAAGGCCAAAAUACCAUUUGAAGUAUAGGCCUCAAUACAUGAAUAAAUGGGUGUCAUCACCAUCAAUUCUCUUUACAGCGGUCGAAAGGCCUUAGAAAAAAGUACAGUUAACAGGAUAACUGAGAGCAACCGGACGGAAGAUAGUAACGUCCGUUAGCUUCAGGACAGAUGGUGGGUUUCCGUUAUUUUGUGGUGGAGCGGAAGGCCACAUCAAGCUUACGCAGGAAGUCUACUUGACGAGCUUUGUACUUCUAAGUAUGCAUAUACAGUGCAGGCAUUAUUUUAUUCAGGACAAGGAAUGAUGGCAGUUUAAAGCCAAAACACGAUAAUGUAAGAGAGGGGGGCAGGUUUAGAAGAGGUCAGAAUGUCUGUUUCCUCUGGUAAUGAAGAUGGCGGUGGGUCAGAUGGCUUAUUUUUGGCCAAAGUACGAAUGAACACACAAAAGUUCAUUAUUUGUAUUACUGAAAUUACUUCUUAAGACUGUAUUAAACAAAUUAUUGCACGGAUAUGUUAUAUAAUAACCACAAAUUUUGAACUAAUCGCUACCAAAAAACAAAAAAACACCCCAAAAACAAGAAAAGAAAAAAGAAAAGAAAAGAAAAAAGAUAACCAAAGGAAAUGUGCGAUACAUCCGCAGGGAGUCCGCAAUAACGGACGGUUUCCACUUUAUUACAAGUACACCUUGUCACAAUUUUACCUUUACAUGUACAUCAUUGGAAAAGCAAUAAAAGUCUACCAUAAAUAUAGGAAUUAAUAUUUUAGAAAGCCUGUACAAUGAAUGUGUAAUAAAUUUAUUAACAGCCACUCACACGUAAAAUAAAUGCUCUGCAUUGGAAAGAUUAAGAUGUAUAUAAUGUACACGCUGCUUAUGUAUAUAUCUUGUAAUUAAAAAUGAUUUUAAAAAUAAAUUUUGUUUUGAAUACAAAAUACAAGAAUAGUUGCAGCCUUUUUUAAUGCUGGUUAUAUAAACACAAUAUAAAUAUGCCGGUGGAAUUUCGUAAAGGGAAUACAAAGUCAAACAAACUAAAAUGAA